UUAUUGGAUUCUUCAAAGAAAUCCCAGAUGGGUUUGCAUGCAUUAAACUUCUGUUAAGGCUUAUAAAAUCAUUUUCGAUUUUUCUUCUUCUUAGUUAAGCUUCGUGAUUGUCGUAGUUUGUUUGGGGGGAAGUUUUAUGUAACGGUUAAAGAUUAAAACAUACAAGUAUCAGUUUUUUUCCUUGGGUGGUAUGUUUUGAGGUUUAAAAAUUAAAAAGGUUUCUGAGCUAGUUUUUGUUUGUUUCCUCCAGAAUUAAUAGUUUUGGUUUUUAGUGUUAUUCCAGAGAAAAGAAAAGUUUUUGAAGGUUGUAUAUAUAUAAUAUAUUAUAUAUAAAAUGGCAUCAGCGAGUAACUGGCUUUCGUUUUCACUGUCUCCAAUGGAGAUGUUGAGGUCAUCAUCUGAGCCUCAGUUCGUGUCAUAUGAAGGAUCCCCUGCUGCUUCUCCUCAUUAUCUCAUCGAUAACUUCUAUGCUAAUGGGUGGACAAAUCCAAAACAUCAAGCGUUUGUUCAAGGAGAGAAGAACCAAAGCGAAGAAGCUCAAACGGCAGCAUCAAUGGCGGAUGAAUCUCCCAUUUUUACCAGCUUCCAUUACCAAGCACCAAAGCUUGAAGACUUCCUUGGCGAUUCUUCAUCGAUGGUUCGAUAUUCAGAUAGCCAAGCUGAAACCCAAGAAGACUCAUCUUUAACUCAAAUCUACGAUCCCAGUGUCUCCACUUACUUCGAUCACCACCAAGAUCUCAACCAAAUAACUGGGUUUCAAACGUUCUCGACGAACUCGGGAUCGGAAGUUGACGAGUCGUCAUCAAGGGGUCGAACUCAGUUGACUGGCGUUGAGUUACCUGGUCACUCGAUUGAAUCAUCUGGUAACAAUACUACUAAUAAUAACAAAGCCAUUGUUUCGGUUGACUCAGAUAACAAGAAGAUAGCUGAUACAUUUGGUCAAAGAACUUCGAUUUACAGAGGUGUCACCAGACACAGAUGGACGGGUAGAUAUGAAGCUCAUCUAUGGGAUAACAGCUGCAGGAGAGAGGGUCAAGCCAGAAAAGGCCGUCAAGUAUACUUAGGUGGUUAUGAUAAGGAAGAAAAGGCUGCUCGGGCUUACGAUCUGGCCGCUUUAAAAUACUGGGGUCCUACAGCAACCACCAACUUCCCGAUUUCGGAUUAUUCAAAAGAGUUGGAAGAGAUGAAGCAUGCGACCAAGCAAGAGUUUAUUGCAUCCUUGAGGAGGAAAAGUAGCGGAUUUUCAAGGGGUGCAUCGGUUUACAGAGGUGUCACAAGGCAUCAUCAACAGGGCCGAUGGCAAGCAAGGAUAGGUCGGGUUGCAGGAAACAAGGACUUGUACCUUGGGACUUUCGCUACUGAAGAGGAGGCAGCAGAGGCAUAUGAUAUUGCAGCCAUCAAGUUCCGAGGUGUCAAUGCGGUGACCAACUUCGAGAUGAGCCGGUACGAUGUCAAAGCCAUUGCCCAGAGUUCUCUUCCCAUUGGUGGGGCAGCUAAGCGCUUAAAGCUUUCACUUGAAUCAGAGCCAAAACCGAUAGUGAACCAGAAGCAACAACCACCACCACCCCGGUGCAGCUCCAACAGCAAUAUUAUAAGUUUUGCUCCCAUGAAGCAGCCGGUUUCCGCUAUUCCUUGUGGAAUCCCUUUCGAUGCAGCAGCAGCAACGGCUGCAUUUUAUCAACAGAAUAUCUACCAGCACCUUCAGACUGCCAACACCAGUGUCUCUGAACCCCCAGGUUCUUCCUCGACAACGGUGAUGUCGCAGUCAGCGGCUGAGUUCUUUUUAUGGCCUCACCGAUCCUAUUAAAGGUUUUAACAACAAUUCAGCUAACAGUAAGUGGUGAAGAAUUCGUCGAAGCUCUCCCGAGCAGACUCAAUGAUCUGAUCAUGGAUCGGAACUGGGUCUUUACCUCUUUUUUUUUACCUAGGAAAAGGGGGUUGUAGUUGAGACAUUAGGAAGCUGGAUUUUAUAAAGUAAUUAAUUUAUCUUCAAAUGCUAAAAAUUGAGAUCAGAGAUGAUGAAAUGGGCAAAUCCUCCAUUGCCAAUAUUUUGCUGCAACUAUCUCUUUGAAUGAUUAACCAAAGUUCCCGUUUA